CGAGCUGUGAAAGUCACAGAAAACUACAAAAGCAUGUGUGUGCCAGCCUACAGGUCUGCAGGUGCUCCUGCGGAAUGUCUCCAGUGCACAGAUUAAUACCAGUUUAUCAUGGGCUGCAAUAAUAAAACAACAGCGCAGUUCAGUUUUUUGAUCGCCCUGCUUUCAGGCUUCCUGUCUGCAUUCGCUGUGAGAUCUGCAGCUUCAGAAGGAGGCUCUAAUGGAUCAGUCUCCACAGUCUUUAAAAGCCCUGCAGGAGCGGCCUGUACUGUCCCGGGGAGGGAGUGUCUUAAUGGCGGUACUUGCUACAAGAACAGCCAGGGAAACAUCCUGUGCAGUUGCCCACCUGGAUUCCUGGGCACACUGUGCCAGACCAGUAACCCCUGCCAGAACAACCCCUGCCAGCAAGGAGGCUCCUGUCAGCCACACAGAGAGGGGGGUGGCUACACCUGCACCUGCCGGACAGGAUUCGAAGGGCACCAUUGUGAGCAGGACUCAGACGAGUGUCUUGAGCAGAUCUGUAGAAACGAAGCCCUCUGCUUCAACACCUUCGGGGGCUUCGUGUGUGCCUGCCAGACCGGCUGGGGGGGCACGCUCUGCGAUGUGCGGGAGGAUGUCUGCCUGUCCCGGCCCUGUCACAACGGGGGCUCCUGCGUGGUCAAGCCUGACGGGGCCUUCAUCUGCAGCUGCCCCUCCGGCUUCACUGGCCUCAUCUGCCAGAUCAACAUGGACGACUGUGCCAGCAACCAGUGUGGCCCAAACUCUGUGUGUGAGGACGGGAUCGGGGCCCACACCUGCAUCUGCAACGAGGGCUACACUGGUAUAUUCUGUACUGAAAUCCUGGACAAGUGUUUAUCAGCACCCUGUCAAAACAAUGGAACAUGUGUGGACAUUAUCUUUGACUACAACUGCGAGUGCCCGACAGAGCCUCUGAAGUAUAGCGGUAGAAACUGUGAGGAGCUGUAUGACCCGUGCUCACAGCAGCCCUGCGCCAGCUACAGGAACUGUACCAGCACUCUCGGAACUGAAGAGUACCAUUGUAGCUGCCCAACAGGCUUCACGGGCACCAACUGCACUAUCAAUAUCAAUGAAUGUGAUAGCAACCCGUGCAUAGAAAACAAGACUGAGUGUGUGGAUGGCAUCAAUGGGUACACCUGCCAGUGCCGGAAUGGCUACACCGGGGAUGACUGCCAGUCUAAGAUAACCAGUUGUGCCGCUGAGCCCUGUCUUAAUAAUGGGAGCUGCAGUGACCGUCCUGAGGGCUACCUGUGUGAGUGCACCCCCGGGUUCAGGGGGGAGCACUGUGAAGCCAAUAUCAAUGAAUGUCAGCCCAGCCCGUGUAGAAACGGAGCCAUCUGUGUGGACGGAGUGAAUGCAUACCACUGCUUCUGUGUGCCUGGGUUCCAGGGCUAUAACUGUGAGAUUGACAUCAAUGAGUGUGCCUCCCGGCCCUGCAAGAACAACGGGAGCUGUAUCAACGAGAAGGACCACUAUAUGUGCGCGUGCCUCCUGGGGUUUACAGGAGUGAACUGCGAGGUGGAGAUAGACGAGUGUGAGUCCGGGCCUUGUCAGAACGGUGCUACCUGCAGUGACCAUGUGGGCCUCUACACCUGCACCUGUCCUGAGGGCUACGAAGGGCUGGAGUGCCACAUGAACAUCGACGAGUGUGCCAGCCAGCCCUGCCACAACGGAGCCUCCUGCCUGGACCUGGUCAAUGGGUAUAUGUGUAACUGCAGUGACACCGGCUUUGUAGGAGAGAACUGUGAGAUUGAUAUCCCUGAGUGCGACUCGAAUCCGUGCUUCAAUAACGGCAGCUGUGUGGAAGGAGUCAAGAACUACAACUGCCUGUGCUGGAGCGGCUAUGAAGGGCACCACUGUGAGCUGGAUAUCGAUGAGUGUGAAGAGCAGCCCUGUCAGAACGGUGCUCUGUGCUACGAGCGCUCCAACCAGAUCUAUUACGGGGAGCUGGCGGAGUUCCAACAGGAGUUCAGCUACAGGACAGCAGCGGGAUACCUGUGUCACUGCCAGCCAGGCUUUACAGGGAAGAACUGCUCUGUGAACAUCAAUGAGUGUGCCUCCAUGCCUUGUCAGAACAGGGGGAGCUGUGAGGAUCUCAUCAACGGAUACCAGUGUCUGUGUGAACCUGGCUUUACAGGAGUGGGCUGCGAGACCAACAUUGACGAAUGUGAAAGCAACCCCUGUGCGAACGGGGGCCAAUGUGAAGACGGCAUCGACGACUAUACCUGCCUGUGCCCUGCAGCAGGACAAGACGCCACCCCCUGGGGAGGCAAAAACUGUGACACCCAGUUGGUGGGCUGCCAGGAGAACGACUGUCAAAACGGAGCGACAUGCCAACCGACCUACCAGAGCGGCACUCACAACUACUCCUGCCACUGCCCCCCGGGUUUCUAUGAUGACCACUGCAACACCUCAACCACAUUUUCCUUCACAUCAUCAGGCUACAUUCUCAUAGAGGUUCCGCUGACAAACAGAACCAAGAGGGGCGUGGGCACCACCAAAGCCAGCAUCAGCCUCCGAUUCAGGACCACCUUACCUGAUAGGAUUAUAUUUUACAGGGGGGACAACUCAGACUACAUGUACCUGGAGAUCGUCGAGGGCCUCCUUCAUGCUAGGGCAGUGCUAGGGGGCUCUCACGUCAAUACAUCUCUGCCUAGAAAAGUAAAUGAUGGCCAGUGGCAGGAAAUCAGUGUGACUUUGAAAGAUGGUUUAGUGCUGGCCCAUACAAACUGUGAGGAUGGAGACUGCACAAAGACCCAGGAGGGCCAGGAACUGCUCCGUAAUAUUCCAGAGUCCUUCAAGAUGGUCUCUGUUGGUGGGGUCCAGUUUGAGUUCUUACUCAACAACACUGAAAGCAGGAUGAAUUUCACUGGCUGCAUAGAGGACCUCCUGAUUGAUUCCCACCCCGUGCUUCCUCAGAGGAUUUCUGAGAGCAUGGCGGAGGGAUUGCAGCUCGGCUGCAGCAAGCCGGAGUGGUGCGAGCCCAACCCGUGUUCAGAUCAGGGCAGCUGUGUGGAUCUGUGGACCAGCUCCAGAUGCCACUGCUUCCGUCCUUUUCAUGGGCCCAAUUGUUCUAACGAGUACACAUCAGCAACCUUCAGCCAGGAAGACAGCACUAGUUCCGCCUCCUUUAACAUCAGCAGCAGUCACGGCUCCAACUUCACAGUCUCCUUUUUCCUGCGCACGCUGAAGCAAGAGGGCUUGAUAUUUCAGCUCAGUAAUGACACAGGCCCAUACUUCACCCUCUAUCUGAAGAUGGGCAGGAUCAACGUGCAGACCCUGUCGGACACCCCUGCAGUGGCGCCCAUGUACUGUGCCAACGGAGAGAAGCAGCUGCUCACCGUGCAUUCCAGUGAUGGCAGGGUCACGGUCGGACAGUCUCAUCUGGAUUAUAAACUGACCCAGCUGCCUUCCGUCUCAGUCGAGGCUGGGGAUGUAGCCCAUGUUGGAGGCCUUUCUGUGGAAGAGGAUGCAUCUGCCUGGGGAGGGUAUUUCAAGGGCUGUUUGCAGGACCUGCGGCUUGACAACUCGCUCCUGGAGUUCUUCCCUCUGGAGAACGGUAACUCCAGCAUGACAAAAGACAUGUACGGCUUCAGGAAGACUGUUAAUGUCACGCAGGGUUGCCACAGCGAUGACACCUGUCGGUCUGGACCCUGUGAGAAUGGAGGCUCCUGUCAAGUGACCUGGAACGACUUUGUCUGCUCGUGUCUUGCGAACUUCACCGGCAGGACGUGUGAAAGGAGAGUGUGGUGCAGCAGCAGCCCCUGUCCACACCUCAGCCAGUGUGUGGACGUGCCUGGGGGCUACGAGUGCAGAGCAAAUGCAACAUUUCAGGAAAACAACACUAUUGAAUAUGCUGCCAACAAGUCUCUCAACUGGCCAGUAACAAGCAUUUCCCUGGACGUGAGGACCAGAGAUGGGAAUGCGGUUCUUCUGCGAGCCACCAACCAAGUGGAACUUUUCUGCAUUGGACUCCACAACUCCACACUGCUGGUCAAGCUGAGGACAGAGAACAGUGUGGAAAUAGUCACCAUACAGAGCGACUUCCCCAUCACAGACGGCCUGUGGCAUAACAUCAUGGUUGGUAUGAUGGAACCGAAGCAGGGGUCAUCGAGAUGGGCCAUCACGGUGGACGGGAAACAGAACGGAACCAGCCUGGGCGAGGCUGGCAACCUCAACUUCCUCAACGAAUCUACUGUGAUGCUGGCUGAGAAUUACACAGGCUGCCUCGGGACUGUGAGAGUGGGUGGAGUGUAUCUCUCUUUCACCGAAGACCACACAGUACCGCAGCGGGAGCAGUUUAUCAAGCGCAGCGGGGAAGAGAUUCAAAUCGGGUGCAGAGGAAACCCGGUCUGCACUCCAAACCCCUGUUACCAUGAGGGAAAGUGUGAGGAUCUGUUUAACUUCUUUGAGUGCAGUUGUCCCCAGGGCUGGGGUGGGCUAUAUUGCCAGUCUAAUAUUGACGACUGCCAGUCCAGUCCCUGUCUCCAUGGCAAUUGUACUGACUUGCUGGCUGGCUACAAGUGCGACUGUUACCCAGGUUACACUGGGAGGGACUGUGAAACAAACAUUGAUGACUGUGCUGAAAACCUGUGUCAGAAUGGAGGGGUGUGCUCUGAUGGUAUCGACACUUUCAGCUGUGCCUGCCCUCAUCAGUUCACAGGUCCUCUAUGCCAGUGGCCCUACCCGCCAUUGCAGUGUGGGAAGGAGUUCUGGUGUCAGAACGAUGGAGACUGUGAAGAUGGCAUCUGGGGAGCUAAAUGUACCUGCAGGACUGGCUUCACUGGAGAGAGCUGUGAAACUGAUAUAAAUGAGUGCGUCCCCAACCCCUGCCUCAACAGUGGCACCUGCCGAGACCUGGUCAACAAUUACGAGUGCAGCUGCGGUGCCAGCUAUGUGGGACAGCGCUGCGAGACUGAUAAACAAGAGCAGACAGACACAAUCCCCGUGGUGGUGAUAGCUGUGCCGGUGGUCUGCGGCUGCUUGCUGCUCAUGAUUAUCGGCCUUAUUUUCAUGGUGCUCACUGCAAGGAAGAGGCGGCAGUCUGAGGGGACCUACAGCCCCAGCCAGCAGGAGGUGGCAGGGGCCCGCUUGGAGAUGGGCAGCGUCCUCAAAGUGCCCCCGGAUGAGCGCUUGAUCUGAAUGGCGCCUCCCCCUUCCUGGGUAGGACUUUGGAAUGGUUGGCAUCAGAGUUGCUUGACUGACUCUGUACACGUUGAUUUGUACAGCACUUGGACAUUGGGAUUGCUGGAUUUUACUUACUACUGACUUCUGUCUUAUACACUGAAUUGAUUCCACUCAAGCAGUACAGGGGUCCUGCUAGACUACACUGUACUGUAAUGAUGUAAUGAAAUGACUGGACAGAGGUGGGAUAUGAGUUUUAUAAUUAGCUACUGGUAGGGGAUGUGUUAGAUGCCUUGAGUCUCCUGUUUUAUAUCAAGUCAAGCUCAGAAAAUCACUUCAUGAACUCAGCCCAGCAUUUCUAGAUAGCUGUGGCUGGUUAUAGUUCAUGUGAAGUGCCUUGUUCUGAGACUAAAUUACAAUAACCUUUUUUUUAUAUCUAGGCCUAAUCUGGAAAAUGUAUAAAUACGUUUUGUGCUUUUUUUAAGGCUACACAACUUAAAUUAUUAUUGUUCAGGAUGUUUGAAUUUCCUUGCAUUUUGUAAAUGCCUGCAUUGUUUUGUGUAAACCAGGAUGAUUCCAUCUAAGAGCUAGAAUCUCGUGGAUUUAAUCAGUUAUACCAACAGUGCUAAUGUAAGUUUUGGUAAACAAAGUUGGAAAUGUUUGUUUCCCUAAACUUCUUUAGUAUCACUGAGAAUGUUAUGAUGUGUUUGGAGUCCUAACACAGUAAUUGAACACAUGAUCUGUUUGGCCUCAAGCACUGUGCCACUCUUUAAACGGUGCUGUUUGUAGUUCAAGCUCCUUCAUCUUGAACGACAUCUUUGAACUCUGUGCCACUACUGAAUCUCAAAAACCUAUAAAUAUCCUGAACAAUCUCAUGUAUAAAACUGGACAUGGUGUAUAUGUAUUAUUUGAUUAAGACAGAUUUUUGGUAAUACAAAUGGUGUUCAAUUCCCCAAAGAAACAAUAACUUUGUUGUCUACAAUUAACUUUGUUAUCUACUUAACGGUUUUGUUUGGAAGAAUGUCCUGGAAAAAAUGUAAUCCACAUAAUUUGCAUAUAUGUGUGAACCUUACCAUUCUCGUAUAACAAUAGCUAGCAAUAAUUCAAAUAAAAACAUCAUCAGUAUACCACUACUGAUACUGAAAAAACAGUGCUGUUGGAUGGUACAAAAUAAACCAGUGUUACAGUAUGACGACAGUCUCGGUACCCUUUAUAAACCGUUAAUAAACAGCGAUGAAGUGGUUGGUACCGGUAUAAAAACCUAGAACCAGAAAUCUGUUCUGAAAAACAAGGACUGGUUCAUUUCAAAUUCACAUCUGCUUGUAUAGAAUUUAAAACGAAUCCCCCAAAAACACAGCCCCUUUAGAAUUCUGAUACUGUUAAAAAUGUACAGUUAAAGAGAUGACAGGUUUGAUAGUGUACAGUUCAUCUAUGACUGUUUCCUAAGUAUUCAUUAUGUUUAACUUUGAAUAUAUUAUUUUCACAUGAGGUUUGAAUACAUAUUCUCUGGCUAGUCUUGCUACUGUUUGUUUCCACACUCUGUGUGACGGCUAGUACAGUACGCCUGUAUCAUCACUGUACACACACUGUGUGUGAGGGCUAGUACAGUACGCCUGUAUCAUCAGUGUACACACACUAUGUGAGGGCUAGUACAGUACGUCUGUAUCAUCACUGUACACGCUUGUUUCUUCCGUCAAAAACCUCCAGUCCAUAUUACUUGGUUUCUGUAUCUGAUCUCCAGAAGUAACAUGCUGUCUAAUACAGUAUUCAGCAUGUAAGCUAUUGAUUUUGUGCUGCGUUGCAGGGGCAGGGUGAGAUUCUUGGGUUUUCAUGCACUGUAACCUUGCUGACCUCUGUUCUAUACACUAGUAUACCAUUCAUAAAUAUAACAUGCUAUGGCAAUUCAUUAUAAACAUGUACUUAAUAAGGUCUGAAAGAAACAUUAGUAUUAGUUUAUGUCUAAUUGUCUUUCAGCUUGGUACUGGACAAUUUAUGAGAACCAGAACUCACUACCGAUCUACCGAAUGUUACCGGAGGUCAAAUUCUAGUGAGUGAAUAGCCAUGGAAUAUGUAUUUAAUGGGCUCUACAUGAUUACGCACUUUGUUGCAGUGAUACAAUAGAGAUUUUGGACAUGAUCAGAAAUCAGGAGCAGCUGGAUAGCUUUUGACAGCUGUGCCAAUUUGCAAUUGCUUAAAAUGUACAUGAUAGAAACUAUUGUACAAAAGAGGACUUCUAAAAUGUGUUUAAUGCAUUUAAGAGGGCCUUACUGUCAUCGAUAUGUUUUGAUGCAGACUACUGAAAGAAAUCCCCAUAAGUAUUUUUUUUUAUUUUUUAUUGCAAGUUCCCAACAAGAACAUAACAGGACCCCUUGUGGUCAGAAAGAGUCAGUGUUUUAAAGAGACCAACCUUUUUCUUUUUUAAACACCCUGCAGUCUCUCAGCAUGGAUUCUUUAAGGAGACAGAGAAAUAAUUCUGAAAAAUAAAUAAGAUGCAGCUUGAUUUAUUUUAUUUAAAAGAAAGACGUAUUUUCUAUCUUGUCCAUAUAAUUUACAUCAACACUAAAACUUUAACAUCAGUUAUUGUAAUAGAAAAAUCCUAUUCCCAAAUUAUGGCAAUAGUGUUGUUUGAAAUGUGAAAAUGAAGAUGUUAUCGUACUGCUUUUUAAUAAAAUGUUUUUAAUGAAACCACAAUAUUUCUUUAUUUGUAUUUUUACCAGUUUUAUAUUCUGAAAAUUGGCCAACUAAUUUAUACCAAGGACAUCCAUGAAUGUAAGUGUGUAGAUUUCCCUAACCAAUACAAGGCUGUGUGAUUAACACAGAUACCUGCUAACUUCACUGACACCGCACAUGGCCAUUUCAAAAUAAUCACCUGGGUCCUGAUUAAAAGGGCUUUGCAGUGAUAUGCACAUACUGCUUUAGUGACAAACGUAAUCAAAAAAACCAAAAGACUCACAGUUAAACUGAGAGGUAAAACUAAAAUAAGUUAAGUAGAAACAAAACCGUGUACCUUGUAUAAUGUUUGCGUAAUGUUUUUUGUUUGUUUUGUUUUUCAACUCUUUGGUCAUCAAUGCUUUGUCCUUUUGUAGCUUGAUUUUCUACACCUCUUGUUUUGUUGCUUGUUUUUUAUUGAAAUGACAGUAGCACAGAGCUGUAUGUAGAUUAUUUGUAUUAAAUGAAAUGUAUUGUUCAGAUUA